AUGGCAUCUUCUACACCAAGCUCCAUAGAGCACACCAUGCUUGCUGCCUCAGAACAACUAAAAAAUCAGCUAUCUGUUACAUCAGAGAAGAAUCAGAAUCUGGCUUGUGCUCGUAAUUCUAUUAAAGCUGCUGUAGAGUGCGGCGCAAGGCUUGUUGAUUUACCUGAAAUGUGGAACUGUCCUUAUUCAAAUGACUACUUUGCAAAAUUCGCUAAGGAUUUUGAGAAUGAGGAUGCCUCACCAACAUUUUCCAUGUUAUUCGAAGCUGUUUGUUCUCAUGGAAUCACAAUUGUUGGUGGAUCUGUGCCUGAAUCCAGUGAUGGCCAAUUGUAUAAUACUAGCUGUGUAUUUGGACCUGACGGAAAGCUUAAAGCAAAGCAUAGAAAAAUGCAUUUGUUUGAUAUUGACAUUCCAGGAGAUAUUACACUCAAGGAAUCUGACUUCUUUGCUGCGGGAGACAAACCUACCAUUGUGGACACAGACAUUGGCCGCAUUGGAGUAGGAAUCUGUCAUGAUAUACGCUUCCCUCAACUUGCUGUAUUAUAUAGAGCAAAAGGUGCUGAUAUAAUAUGCUAUCCUGGGGCCUUCAACAUUAGCUCUGGUGAAUUGUUAUGGGAAGUGAUGCAGAGAGCACAAGCAGCAGAUAACCAGUUCUUUGUAGCUACUUCCUCACCCUCCCGAGAUUCUAGUGGUAGCUAUGCAAUAUGGGGUCACUCUACUCUUGCUGGACCGUCUGGUGAGAUAAUUGCAACCUCAGGGCAUGAAGAGACUAUGGUGGUUGCUGAGAUUGAUUAUUCCAAAAUUGAACUCCAAAGGUAG